ACCGCCCGCCCGAUAUAAAACACGGUCAGUUCCGAAAUCUACUAGUUUUACAAGUGCGCCCGACAACCUCACACUAUGGAGAAAAGCUUAGCAAACAAAGUUGUGGUCAUCACCGGCGGAGCCGAAGGUAUCGGCUACGAGGUCGCCGACAGAUAUCUAUCUAAAGGCGCCAAAUUAGUUUUCCUUCUCGACAUCAACGAGAAACUUGGAAAUGAAGCCGUCCAAAAACUAUCCGCCAAACAUGGAGCCAACAAGGUCAUAUUCAUGAAAUGCGACGUCACUUCAGACUUAGUACCUGUAUCGAAAAAGAUUUUCGAAAAUUACAAGGUCGACAUCCUUCUCAACAACGCUGGAAUACUCAACGACCGCUUGCUGAAGAAGACCAUCGACAUCAACGUGACAGGAGUUUGUGAAUGGGGCUUAGCCUUCUGGGACCACAUGAGGAAGGACAAGGGUGGAAACGGAGGUACCAUUCUGAACCUUGCCUCUAUCUACGGCUACAGAGUUGACCCAUUCUUACCUGUUUACCAAGCUUCGAAGUUCGCUGUAAUGGGAUUCACAAAGUCUCUGGGACACAAGGCCAACUACGAGAGGAGCGGUGUACGAGUACUGGCAAUGUGCCCUGGAUUUACUGAGACCAAACUGACGGCAGCGCCACAGGCCUGGGACAUGGGACAAGACAAAGAAUUCGAACAAUUCCUCAAAGCACAAGCUUGGCAGAAAGUGGAGUCAGUGGGCCAGGCUGCUGUGGAUAUCUUCGAAAACGGUGACAGUGGAACUGCCUGGCUGAUUGAGGGAGCAAGACCUAUUGUUGAAGUUGCUAAGUAAUUCAACAUUAUGAGGUUGUUGUGCAACACUACAUUCUGGUAAUUAUAAUUAAAUGUUGUUAUUUUGUUAAAAA